ACGCAGCGUGCUCCCAUUUCCAACCCAGCGGCACAGUGGCCCUCAGCUGUCAUUCCCAGAAACAGCUGCUGUAAAUCAAUACCUCGGCGGUUAUAUUUCGCCUGCACCCUGGCAGGAGGCAGCACAGCCCUCCUCUGAAGAGACCUUAAAGGCGUUUGUGUGACUCCGUUUGCAUGACUGCAGCAAGAGGGAGCCGGGAUGAUGAAGAUCCAUCUCAUACUCCUCCUCGUCUCUGCAGCUGGGCUGGCCCUGUGCUACGAACACGAGACUCGCCUUGUUGAGGACUUGUUCAGGGACUACAACAAGGUGGUGCGCCCAGUGGAGGACCAUCGGGACGCCGUCGUCGUCACCGUCGGUCUGCAGCUCAUUCAGCUUAUUAGCGUGGAUGAAGUAAAUCAGAUUGUAACAACCAACGUACGCCUGAAACAGCAAUGGACGGACGUCAACCUCAAGUGGAAUCCAGAUGACUACGGUGGUGUGAAAAAAAUCCGCAUCCCCUCAGAUGAUAUCUGGCGGCCAGACCUUGUUCUUUACAACAACGCAGACGGUGAUUUUGCCAUCGUUAAAUACACCAAAGUCCUUCUGGAGCACACAGGCCUGAUCACCUGGACACCACCAGCUAUUUUUAAAAGUUACUGUGAAAUUAUAGUCACGCACUUCCCAUUUGACCAGCAGAACUGCAGUAUGAAGUUGGGAACUUGGACAUACGAUGGUACCGUGGUUGUUAUUAACCCGGAGAGUGAUCGUCCAGAUCUGAGUAACUUCAUGGAGAGUGGGGAGUGGGUGAUGAAGGACUACCGUGGCUGGAAGCACUGGGUUUACUACGCUUGCUGCCCUGAUACCCCCUACCUGGAUAUCACCUACCACUUCCUCAUGCAGCGCCUGCCUCUCUACUUCAUCGUCAAUGUCAUCAUUCCCUGCCUGCUCUUCUCCUUUUUAACCGGGUUAGUUUUUUACCUACCCACAGAUUCAGGUGAGAAAAUGACUCUCAGCAUCUCUGUCCUGCUGUCUUUGACUGUAUUCCUUCUGGUCAUUGUGGAGCUGAUUCCCUCCACCUCCAGUGCAGUGCCUCUGAUAGGCAAAUACAUGUUGUUUACAAUGGUGUUUGUCAUUGCUUCAAUCAUCAUCACGGUCAUCGUCAUCAACACCCACCACCGCUCCCCAAGCACUCACACCAUGCCACACUGGGUCAGGAAGAUCUUUAUUGACACAAUCCCAAACGUCAUGUUUUUCUCUACAAUGAAACGACCAUCCAGGGAUAAACAAGACAAAAGUAUUUUUGCAGAAGACAUUGAUAUUUCUGAAAUUUCUGGGAAGCCAGGUUCUGUGCCUGUCAACUUCUACUCCCCGCUUACCAAAAAUCCAGAUGUGAAAAAUGCUAUAGAGGGAAUCAAAUACAUUGCAGAAACGAUGAAAUCGGACCAAGAAGCCAGUAAUGCUGCAGAAGAAUGGAAGUUUGUUGCGAUGGUGGUUGAUCAUCUUCUCCUUGGCAUAUUUAUGCUAGUUUGUAUUAUAGGAACAUUAGCCGUAUUUGCUGGUCGCCUUAUUGAAUUAAAUCAGCAGGGAUGA